AUGUUUAUGGAACAGAACCGAUUGACCAGACAUGCAUGAGGAGCUUUGCACUCUGAACAGUGCCAAUGUCGGUGCAGUAAUGCUGAAAGAGGGCCGUGCCCUGCACGAGAGCAUCACUGCUUUCAAGCUGUGAUCUGCAUGUGGCCGGCUUUUGAAUCGGGGAUGUAUGAUGAGAGAAGGCGUGGGUGCAACUCCUGGGAGUUUUGCCUGAUUGCCGCCUCUAUACGAUUACAUCAGGUGAUUGAUGUACCAGCCAGGUGGGAGCAUAGGGUUCGUGGACAAGGACGUGUGGGCUGUGAUGGUGGAUUGGAAACCCUGGAAACCUAACUUCGAAUGGUCAUCUGGGCCGUUUAAGCCCUGGAGAAAGGGCAAUCAUGAACACGACUUCCGCGUGUGCCACCGAACACGGAGAAUAACAGAUCAUAUUAUACAUUAUGAAACCGAGCCAAAAAAGUUACAGCAUCAUGCAGAGAAGCUGCAGGAUUAUGAGGCUUGGCGGAAGCAAGAGAUCACUGGAGACCAGUUGGCCAAGGACAAGGCUAUCAUAGGCGAGAUAGAGGCGGAGCGGAAAAAGUUUCGGGACUGGUGCAUAAGGAAUCACAGGCGGAGAACGAGUCUCGCGUACCUUUUUCAACCUGUAACACCGUUCCGUGCAUGGUCUUCUCCUACGUCAUCUGGACAACAGCAAACACGAGAACAGAAUGGCAACAGCGAUGGCAACAGCAAUGGCAACAGCAAUGGCAACAGCAAUGGCAACAACAAUGGCAGGAGUGCAGUCCCAUGGCAAGAUCCAGCUCAGCAUCAGCACCACGGGCGACCACAGAGUGCACCGUCAAGCUAUCCGGAAUUCGCAGGCGGAAACAACCAUGCGGGACCAGACGAAUCACAGUCCAGAUUUACGCACAAGCAAUCUCCGCCGAGAUCCGGCACGGUUCCGGAGACCAUUUCACACAUGCGGCAGUCUCUGCUGGGGCUUGCAUCGCCGAUCUUGGCUGCAAAGGAGCAGGUGUUUCAAAAACGGAUGAGUCCUAAGUACACAACAGCUCAUCAUGAUCAAGGGACGGACAGAUGGGCUGAGCCAUGGGAAAACCCCAAAGAACAUGCCCGGAGGAUGCACAGGCCAAAUCCACCCUAUGCGAACAUGACACCAAGGACCAUCCUUGAGGAGAUGAAGGAGAUCGACAAGUUCGAAGAGCGACUGCAGUUGAUAGUACAGACACGAAGCGGGGCAUAUGAGAGGGAUGUGCUUAAUUAUGGGCAUGAACCGAAGAAGGGGCGGGUCAUAGGGAAUGUUGGACGAUUUCGCAACCAGGAGAGGAAUUCAAGGAGUGCUGUGCAAUGUUAAGAAUACUGUGGGAAAGGCGGAGCGGAGAAGGAAGAAGACGUAGUAAUAAUCGGGUGUCUUCGCAAAGAAUGAGAGCAUACCCAUACUAGGAGGUUUUCCUUCAGGUAUUUGACUGCAAUUGCAGCCCAUCAUGGAUGCAUCUAACCACAAUUACGUCCGUAGACGUCCGUAGAUUAGAUGAAAAAGUCCUAGGUGCUGUGUGAGUAUGCUCUGAGAUUCAUGAUGGUGGAAGCCUCGUCACAUAGUCCAGCACUAUGUAAGAAGAUAUCGUCCGUUCAGAUCAGUGAACAAUUGUUUUUCACAUUUUCUAUAAACUGGUCUAUGUUUCACCUUUUCUAUAAAAUGGUCUUAUGUACUAUGUUUCUACCCUCUCCUGGUAAACUGGUCUAUGUUUCACCUUUUCUAUAAAAUGGUCUUAUGUACUAUGUUUCUACCCUCUCCUGGUAUUGUCUGCUGUCCUGCUGUCUGUGUUUCCCUUCCGUUCUACAUCGGCCUCUCUUCUCCUGGUCCUCCUGUGAUGGACCAUUCUUGUCUCCUUUUGGUACUCCUGGUAUUUACUUCUAUCUCGGUUGAACCGCAUUCUGAUACGAUCGUGUGUGGUCCUGUGCAGGUCUUGUUGGUCCUGCUCGUGUCCUGGUCCUGUUCAUGUCCUGGUCCUGCAUGGGUCCUGGGCCCUUCAUUGGUCCUGGGUCCUCCAUGGGUCGUGGUUUGUUCCCACCUCCUGUUUCGUGCUGGCCUAUCCCCACCCUAUACUGUUCGUCGUUUAACAUACUGGUUACAUUAGCUUGUCUGGCAUGUUUCCCUUGUAGCAUCUGGUUUCUAUACGGUCGGGUGUUUGUUACGCUGCCACGGUGUUUCCCAGCGCUGUGAUGAAGGGCCUCGAAACGAAAAGAGAACCAAUGCAUCUGCCACAGAAAAUUGGGUAAAAAUGCAUCCAUUUUCUAUUCAUAAUAAUGGAUGCCUCUUGCCCUUCUCCGCGGGAAGAUACAUGCUUUCGUUUUUCGUUUCAACAGUGUUGCGGCGAGGGCUGAAGUCUCUCCAAGGGGACUACAUCUUACAUCUUAGAGAGACUUCGGGCCUCGCCACACCAUCUCACAUCUCAUCUUGACGGUCCAAUAGGUACAUGCUUGAUGGAGGGAAGGGAAGUUAGUAUUUUUUUCCCUUCUUAUCUGGUCACAUAGUAAGUGCAUGUUUACCAUAUAAGAACGAAAAAGCCACAGAGGCCCAGAGGGUCCAGUACAUGCCUGUGUUUAUCUUGUCGUAGUGGGUAUAUAUGUUUCCCUUCAAAAAGACCCGUGGAACUCGCGUUCCAUGGGUUUAGGUUAGGAAGCCCCGUAUGUUCUUUUCGUGAAAGGAGACAUUUCAAAUGGAAGGUGUGAAGAGUAUGGAAGACGAGAUUGGCGGUACAGCAAUGGAGAGGAUUACAUUAGAGGAACAGGUUGAAAUUUGAAAGGUUGUUGUUGUUGUUUUUGGGGGGGGGUAAAAGGGCGAUGGCCUUGGGACAUCAUAUUGGAACUGACCAGCCCUGCCAGGUAACUCAGAAAUUACUAAUUCACUCAAGUAUGGUAGUUCCAUUUGGAUUCGAACUUGGGUCUGUAUUUCAACAGUUCAUGGCUGUACCAACUGAGCUAGGCCCACUGGUAGAUUCUAUCUAUUUCCACUUCUUUUAAGUGAAAUCUGUUUCCAUUUUGGUGCAUUUCAACUGAAGAGGAUAUAUAUAAUAUUAUAUAUCGUCACAAACAGAACUGCCCGGUAAAACCGUAGGCAGAGAGAGAGAAGAGGACAACAAACGAGGGGCUGUGAC